CGCCCCUCCCGCGCGCUGCCGGCGGAAGCGGCGCCGCCAUGGAGGAGGACGAGCCGGAGCUGGAGGCCGGGCUGGAGGCGGCGCUGGAGCUGGCGCCCGCCGUGCAGGCCGCCAUCGAGCAGGUAUUUCCCAGCCAAGAUCCACUGGACAGAGCAGAUUUCAAUGCUGUGGAGUAUAUUAAUGCUCUCUUUCCCACUGAGCAAUCUUUGGCAAACAUUGAUGAAGUCGUGAACAAGAUCAGGUUGAAAAUAAGGAGGUUGGAUGACAACAUCAGAACUGUGGUGAGGGGCCAGACCAACGUGGGACAGGAUGGCAGGCAGGCCCUGGAAGAAGCCCAGAAAGCCAUUCAACAGCUCUUUGGUAAAAUUAAGGAUAUUAAAGACAAGGCUGAAAAAUCUGAACAAAUGGUGAAGGAAAUCACCAGGGACAUCAAGCAGCUGGACCAUGCCAAGCGUCACCUGACCACCUCCAUCACCACCCUCAACCACCUGCACAUGCUGGCAGGAGGGGUGGAUUCUCUGGAGGCUAUGACCAGGAGGAGACAAUAUGGGGAGGUUGCCAACCUUCUGCAAGGUGUGGUGAAUGUGUUGGAGCACUUCAACAAAUACAUGGGGAUCCCUCAGAUUCGACAGCUCUCUGAAAGGGUGAAGGCAGCACAGAACGAGUUGGGGCAGCAGAUCCUGGCUGACUUCGAGGAAGCCUUUCCUUCCCAAGGUACAAAGAGGACUGGUGGGCCCAGCAAUGUCCUACGUGAUGCCUGCCUGGUAGCCAACGUCCUGGACCCCAGGAUCAAACAGGAAAUCAUCAAGAAAUUCAUUAAACAACACCUCUCAGAGUAUCUGGUCCUUUUCCAGGAAAAUCAAGAUGUGGCCUGGCUGGACAAGAUUGACCGGCGCUAUGCCUGGAUCAAGAUCAAUGUAAAAUAAUCAAUGUAAAAUCAGCUCUGAUUGAGAGAGAGCAAAACUGCACGCAUGUUCCCGCAAGUGGUGCAGACGAGCGCUCCAGUGGACUUCUGCCACAUCACCAGGGCAGAGCUCUCCAAGAUCAUGCGCACCAGGGCCAAGGAGAUUGAGGUGAAAUUGCUUCUGUUUGCAAUUCAGAGAACAACCAACUUUGAGGGGCUCCUGGCCAAACGCUUCUCAGGCUGCACCCUUGCUGAUGGCACAGGGAAGAAACCAGAGGUGCCACCUCCCUCCACCAACCCCUUUCUGGAGGAUGAAACUGGGCCAGAGACAGAUGAGAUUGUGAUGGAGAAAAGUGAUACAGACAAACCAAAGAAGCCAAAGGUCCCUGACAAUCCUUUCCAUGGCAUUGUUUCCAAGUGCUUUGAGCCUCACCUUUAUGUGUACAUUGAGUCCCAGGACAAGAAUCUGGGGGAGCUGAUUGACAGAUUUGUGGCUGACUUCAAGGCUCAGGGUCCCCCCAAGCCCAACGUGGAUGAAGGGGGAGCUGUGCUGCCCAGCUGUGCUGACCUCUUUGUGUACUACAAGAAGUGCAUGGUGCAGUGCUCCCAGCUCAGCACUGGGGAGCCCAUGAUAGCCCUGACCACCAUCUUCCAGAAGUACCUGCGGGAAUACGCCUGGAAAAUCCUCUCUGGAAACCUGCCCAAGACAACCAGCAGCAGUGGUGGGCUCACCAUCACAAGUUUGCUGAAAGAAAAGGAAGGCUCUGAAGUGGCCAAGUUUACUUUAGAAGAGCUCUGCCUCAUUUGCAGCAUCCUGAGCACUGCAGAAUAUUGCCUGGCCACCACCCAGCAGUUGGAAGAGAAGCUCAAAGAAAAAGUGGACACAAGCCUAAUGGAGAGAAUCAACCUGACAGGAGAGAUGGACACUUUCAGCAUUGUGAUCUCCAACAGCAUCCAGCUGUUAGUGCAGGACCUGGAUGCAGCCUGUGACCCUGCCCUGACUGCUAUGAGCAAGAUGCAGUGGCAGAACGUGGAGCAUGUUGGUGACCAGAGUCCUUAUGUCACCUCAGUGAUCCUGCACAUCAAGCAGAAUGUCCCCAUCAUCCGUGACAACCUGGCCUCCACCAGGAAGUAUUUCACUCAGUUCUGCAUAAAAUUUGCAAACUCCUUCAUUCCCAAGUUCAUUAACCAUCUCUUCAAGUGCAAACCUAUCAGCAUGGUGGGUGCAGAACAGCUGCUGCUGGACACUCACUCUCUGAAGAUGGUUCUCCUGGAUCUGCCCUCCAUUGGGUCCCAAGUGGUGAGGAAGGCUCCUGCCAGCUACACAAAGAUAGUGGUGAAAGGCAUGACUCGGGCUGAAAUGAUCCUGAAGGUGGUGAUGGCUCCACACGAGCCCCCAGUUGUGUUUGUGGACAAUUACAUCAAGCUCCUUGCUGACUGCAGCACUGACACAUUCCAGAAAAUCCUCGACAUGAAGGGCCUGAAGAGGAGCGAGCAGAGCAGCAUGCUGGACCUGUUCCGCCUGCGCCUCCCCUCUCCUCCCCCCGGCGGCGACGGCUCCGGCUCGCUCUCGCUGAGCGCUCCCACGCCCGAGCAGGAAUCCUCCCGCAUCCGCAAACUGGAGAAGCUCAUCAAGAAGAGACUCUGAGGGAGCACUGGGAGCUCCCUGCCCCGGGGCUGCUGAGCUGGGCAGGCUGUGAUUUACACCCUGUGCUGUCCCUCCCAGCCCCGUGAUCUCUCAGCCAUCGGCGCUUUCAGACCGAGGAGGAAUCUGAGCAAGGUGUUGCCCUCAGCUUAGCAGGAGUGAAACCCAGGGCAUUGCCAGGUCCAUGUGGUGGAGAAAAUAGAGGCACCUGGAAGGCAGCAGUACAGAAAGCAUUCAGGUGGAUUCAGAGGCUGUCUGGCUGUGAUACACUUGGUGUCACAGCUUUUACCCUGGCUGAGCUCCUGCUGCAGCACUGAGGGUUUUGCCUCAGUUCUCACUCCCUGCUGCAGAGCUGUUCCUCUGAUUCAUUAUUUAUUCUGGGGUGGGGGGAACCAACCCCAUCACCACCAUGAAAACCCCAACCCUUUAUCAGCUGGGAUCCAGGCACCUGCAGCUCCACUGGAUCAAUGAGAUGCUCAGGAGGGAACCCCAGGGCAGAUUUCUCCCCUGCUCCCAGGACAGGCAUGCACAAAGCACCAUGAAACAAAAAGGCAAAUCCUUGGCACCUCUGCUGGCCUGCAGGGAGAGGUGCUGGAAAUGCUGGCUCUGUCAGGGAGCCAGGGUCACUUGGUGCCACAGGAGGCUUUCAGCAGCCUCAGGCUUCAAGGCCCUCCUCCUCCUCCUGUUCCUCUGAGCCUCAGCUUGCAGCAGUGCAGAGGGGAGGAGAAGCAGCAGUGGAAUAUUUUGGAUAACCCAGCCCCUCUUCCCAUGGGCCAGCUCCUGGCCCCCAGGCACAGAGCCAGCGUGGAGCAGGGCUGGGAUCAGUGGAUGCUUCUCCAAGGAGUCUCCAUGCACUGAGGCCUCACCUUUUUAUUAGCACUGCUGGAUUUCUUCCCAAACUCCUCUGUGCCCUUUCUGGGAGACUUUGAAGGCGUAUCCCCAACCAUGAGUGCAUCCCACUGGGUGUAGGGCAGAUCAGCCAGUCGUGCCUGUGUUAUUUAACUCAAGCUUCACUUGCAUGUGCAGCAAAGGGAAAUCCUUUACCAGUGUGGCAGGUGAGGAACAACCACACUGUCAGAUGCCUUCCUGGGAGGGUUGUGCUCCCCACCAGGGCAAGUUUGGGCCUUAGGACUGUAUUUAUUUAGGGGCUGUACUCACAGGGAUUGUAAAAAUCACUGCUGCACAUCAGGGAGGGCAGAUCAGGCUCCAGGAACAUGAGUUCCAUCCACCCAGAGCUUCACUGGGAUGGGAAGGAAAGAGCAGCAAUGACAACACCUGUGGGAAGGGACAGCAGUUUCUCAUCACUCCAGUUUUAGAAAUCUGCUGUUGCCUCCUGAUUCCCUGUUAGGUGACAGAGGAAGGAAUGGUUGAAAGCACAUUGGGAUUCUGAGCAGCCAUUCCCCAAGGACAGAUUAUCUCAAGGUGCAUGUGCAGGAUGGCUCACGAGAUGCCACACUGCAGAGCUGGAGAGGAGGGAACAUGGAUUUGCAGAGAUUCAUUAUUCCCAUGAGGGGAUGAAUAAUUUAUUUUAGAUGAAUUUUUCUUUGCUUUGUCUAAGGCUAAGUCUCUCACUAAAUUAUGAAUAGCUGAAGACGAUGUUGAAGUUAUCAUAGUGUGUCUUACCCAAAGGCUUCCCCCAUUUCAUUCUCUGCAUUUCAUUCUGUAGAUAAGAGGAAAUAAAAUGAGAAAUGAAUUUUUAGUUUCAGCCUUUGAAGAACGCUACAGGGCUGAGUGUUUGGAGUUCCAUUUUCAGAGAACAAAUCCACAGUUUCCUACUUCUGGUGUAAGAGUUUUGUGCCCCUGGCUAUUGGGUGUUUAUUAGAUUUGGCAGGUCUCUAUUUGUGCAUUAGCUCUUUGGAGUUUACAGCUUUGGGGAAUAAAGGAUGAUUACGUGUUUUCUGUACAAAAUGCCACUUUUUAUGGUUUUAGACUGGGGUGUAAUCCUGGCUGUACGUGGGGUGUGACACUAACGUGAAUUAAAUGGUAACUGAUGCUCA